AUGGCGGCGCCCAGGCGCGGUGUGGCUGCGGGCGGAAUGAAGUGUGGGGCGGCCGCUCGCGCCCGCCGCGGUGGGAAACUGGACCGGCUGCGACAGGCGGUGCAGGACUAUGUGCAGGCGGCCGGUGGCCAGCCGCCGCUGGCCCUGCUCAAAGACUCGGAGAGGUACAACCGCAGGAGCCGCCGGGACGCCAGGAAAGAGAAGCGCAGACUAAAGCGGAGCCGCCGCCGCCGACUCCAACGCGGGGAGCUGGUGGAGGCUCCCACGUCCCCGGCCAAGCCCGCUCCGGCCAAGCCGGGCCAGGCCAAGCCGGCUCCUGCCGCCCGCCCCGGAGCCCCAGCUUCGCCCGCCGCUGGGAAGCAGCGGCCCAGGGCGGUAUCGGCACCGAUGUCGACAACCCUUGAGGCCCACUCGGCCGCUGCUGCCACCUCGGCGCGGAAACGGGCCCUGCUGGAAGCGAACGAGGAGGAGGAGAAGGAGAUCCGGCGGCUGGAGCGGCAGCUGGGGCUCGGGAAGCGGCGCAAGAAGAAGGAAGGGCCCGAGGCCGAGCGGCUGCCGCAGAGCUUCCUGCGGGACGGGCUGGGAUACGUGCUGGAAGCGCUGGGCACACGGGCCGGGCUCAGCCAGCUCUGCGAGAGCAGCGACGAGGAGCAGCCGGAGACCGAGCCGGGGCCGCGGGAGCGCCCGCCGGGGAAGGAGGAGGAUGGUGAGGACGAGGAGGAUGGUGAGGACGAGGAGGAUGGUGAGGACGAGGAGGCUCAGGAAGACGCCUCAGACCCCUCCAAGGCGGAUGAUGAGGAAGGACAUUGGGAGAGCGAGAGCUCGUCCCCCGAGGACGGCGGGGUGCCAGAGACCACCGAGCCCUCGAGCGAGGAGGAGGAGGAGGAGGAGGAAAGUGAUAAUGACAGUGCUACAAAGUAUGUUCUGCCUCAAAUAAGGAAAGCUCAGGAGACACUAGAUGACAAGAAAAGAGAAGAAUUGGGAAGGCUGAAGAAAAUGGUGAAUGGCCUCAUUAAUAGGUUGAGUGAACCAAAUUUGUCCUCCAUCAGUGGACAGAUGGAAGAGCUCUACAUGGCCAACAGCAGAAAGGACAUGAAUGACACUCUGACAGACAUUCUCAUGAAUGCCUGUGUCACUGCAGUUGCCAUGCCUGCAAGACUGCUGAUGGAGCAUGUCCUUCUGGUCAGCAUCCUUCAUCAUAAUGUAGGAAUUGAGGUCGGUGCUCACUUUUUGGAAGCUGUGGUGAAGAAAUUUGAUGAACUCCGUAGAAGUGAUGCUGAAGGGAAAGAAUGUGAAAAUCUGCUUGCCUUGAUUGCUCAUCUGUAUAACUUCCAUGUGGUUCAUUGCCUGCUGAUCUUUGAUAUUCUGAAAAAGCUUGUUAGCACUUUCACUGAAAAAGAGAUUGAGCUGAUUUUGUUUCUUCUGAAAAAUGUGGGCUUUUCCUUAAGAAAAGAUGAUGCAUUGGCUUUGAAAGAACUGAUCACUGAAGCCCAGAGGAAAGCAAGCACAGCAGAGAAGAAACUCCAGGAUCAGACUAGGGUUCGAUUUAUGCUGGAGACUAUGCUGGCACUUAGGAACAAUGACAUGCGUAAGAUUCCUGGUUAUGAUCCUGAACCAGUCGAAAGACUCCGCAAAUUGCAGAGAGCACUGGUUCACAGUAGUAGUUCAGGAAAAGACACUCAGCUCCGUGUGUCACUGGAGUCUCUCCUCAGUGCUGACAAGGUUGGUCGCUGGUGGAUCGUGGGGUCAUCCUGGAGUGGAGCACCAAUGAUCAGUGAUACAAAAAGCCAGGCUCAGCAAAAGCUGCAUGUCGGAAAGGUGAGUUCAAAAAUAAUGGAGCUUGCUCGUAAGAUGAGAAUGAACACUGAUAUCAGGAGAAGUAUCUUUUGCGUCUUGAUGACCAGUGAAGACUUCAUGGAUGCCUUUGAAAAACUUCUGAAGCUUGGACUGAAAGAUCAGCAGGAGAGAGAAAUAGUUCAUGUCAUCCUUUACUGCUGCUUACAGGAGAAGACAUUCAACCCCUUCUAUGCAUUUUUGGCUAACAAGUUUUGUGGAUAUGAAAGACGAUUUCAGGUGACAUUUCAGUUUAGUGUUUGGGACAAAAUCAGAGGCUUAGAAAACCUGUCAGCUGCUUCUGUCUCCAACUUGGUUUCACUGCUUGUUCAUUUAAUAAGGACAAAAUCACUGCCGCUUUCAGUUCUCAAGGUAAUUGAAUUCAGUGAACUGGACAAACCCAAAGUCCGUUUCUUACGACAGGUAUUAAGCACACUGUUAACCAAAGCAGAUGAGGAAGAAAUUACUGAUAUUUUUAUGAGGGUGUCUGACAACCCCAAACUGGCAAUACUACGGGAAGGCUUGAAACUCUUCCUUACCCACUUCUUACUGAAACAUGCACAAGCCCAAAAGAGUGCUGAAGAAGCUAGUUUGUUAAAAGAGAGAGUGGAACUAGCAACCAAGGCUUUAGAGGCAAAAGAACCCAAAUUGAAGCUAUAGUUAUAUUUUUUCUAAUAAAGCAUACAGAAACGCCGAGCUGGGGUCUUUCAGACCUAAAUAAUUGAGAAUGAGGAAAGCUGU